UGUUUUGGCAAAGGUCGACAAAGAACAACUUCCCUAGAAGAUAAUAUAACAAACUUUAUAUUCAAUUUAAAGAAAAAAGGAUAAAUUGAAAAUUUGAUAACUUUUAUAUAAAUUUGGGUAGUAAGCACAUUUUUAGCACAUUUUAAAACUAUUGUUUCCCACCGCUUAUCACUGAUUUGACUUCGUGCCCCUUCUUAAACGACUAAGAUAAUUAUUCAAGAUCAGUUCGUGGUGUAAAGAUUUUAAGUUCAAGUGUUUUCUUUAGUUCUUCGAGAACGCCACCGCUCGCCGUUAAGACAAGACACAAUUAUGGGAAACUUUCGAAUUGAACAUAUUGAAACAUCAAAAGAUGUCAAUGCAACUCAGAAAGGAUUCAUUAAAGUUUUCACAAACACCAAAGAUUAUUUACCCAUCGAUAUAGAUGUUGAAAACAGAUUUGGAGUUCUUUUUACUGAGGGCGAAGAGUAUUUAGAACAGAUUCAAAACUUCGAAGUAAGAAAAGAUGAUGUUUGGGUUGUUACUACACCGAAAAGUGGUACAACAUGGAUGUUGGAGAUGGCCUGGCUAUUGAUGAAUAAUUUAGACUAUGAAACUGCCAAAAAAGUUGAUCAAAGGGAUCGUUGCCGAUAUUUGGAAUGUAUUGCCCUAGAUGCUUCAUCUAAUUCAAUAGAAGAAGCCAACAAAAUGAAGUCGCCCCGAGUAUUAAAGACACAUUUACCAAUGCACAUGUUACCCAAAGAUCUUUGGUCAGUUAAGCCUAAGAUUAUUUAUGUCACAAGGGAUCCCAAAGAUGCCAUCGUUUCGUAUCACCAUUUUGUCAAUAACCUUGGAUUAAAUUCAUGCAAUGUGGACGAAUUCGUUAAUGAAGCCAUCAAGCAUAGAACAAUUUAUAGUCCAUUUUGGUCUCAUGUAGCAGAGUUUUGGAAAAUCCGCAACGAAUCUUAUGUUCAUUUUACGAGUUUCGAACGAAUGAAAAAGGAUUUAACAAGUGAAGUCCUAAAAGUUAGCAAAUUUCUAGAAAAGAUUCUUACGAAUGAGGAAUUGGAAGGACUUGUUGAACAUUUGACAUUUGAUAAAAUGAAAGACAAUCAAUCAUGCAAUAAUUCAAAAUGGGUUGAAAAAAUUCAAAAUUCUUGUGGAGUAGAAAAGAAACCAAUGAGAGUUUUUAUUCGAAAAGGUAAAGUUGGUUCUUAUAAAGAAGACCUGAAUAACGAUUUGAUACAAGCUUUGGAAGAUUGGACUGAAAAAUCGACAAAAUUCAACGGAAUCAAUCCCAAUGAAAUUCUUUAUUCAUAAGUUUUAAAGUUUCUUAUUGUAAUUAUUUUUACGAGAUGUAUUUUUUGCUUUUUUUUUAUAAUAGUUCAAAAGUGUUUUGAUUUAAGACUUUAACUUGGUUGAAAUUCAAAUAAAAAUGUAUGACUUCAAAGCA